AUGUCACAAGACAAUAAGCCGGAGUCCGAUGAUGGAUCUUCGAAAUUGCUCAAAGUUCCUAAGCCAGACUUGGGUAGUAGUACCAUCAACAACAAUAUUGACUCCAAAAAUGGUUCCCAAGGCGGCGAAGAGGAUUUGGGGCAAUACGAUCUUCGAUCCUUUACUCCGAUUACAAGGCAAAAGAUAGAAAAUGUAAGCUCUAGCAAAACUUUACUGUCAUACACUUUUCUUGAAACGAGUAGAGAGAAGCAUUAUAAUUUAGAUUACCCUAAUGACACUGAACGUCUUGAAUCGUUACAAUUGGAUCCAACCUCGAGAUUUUAUGCCAGACGUCGUAAAAGAACCAUUGAUCUAAAAAAGUUACUCCCUUAUAAAAUAGAAGGACCUACCGAAUAUGCUAGGUUUUUAAGUCAUAUAGUGACUCAUUUAUAUAUUGCAGUGAAAUCUUUGGAUCUUCAAGGUGCUCUUAGUAUUAGUGCUAAAGAUUUAGCUGCAAUACGAGAUCUGGCAGGUAUAUCUGACGUGGACUUAGCACUAGAAACAAAUUUGUUUGAGUUAUCCGAAUCCAAUCAACUUCAAAGAGAAGAUUCCUUUGAUAUGGAAUCAGAGGGAUACUUUAUUGCUAAUGACGUUGAUGAAAGUGGAUCAGAUAAUGAUUAUGAAAAUGACGAUGAAGGUGAAGAAGAAUCCGUUGAACAGGAUGACGAUAUGGAUUCCGGUGGAACUUUUGAAGACCAUUCAGCUGGUCAGAUUAGAAAAUCUCCCAAAUCAGCAGCAACUGUUAGUGUGAAGAUUUGGACUCAAGAGUUAAUGACCUGGUUAAAAGUGAAAUAUGAUAUGCCAUUGUCGUUAAGAAUUGCAUUAAUUAAGGUAUAUUAUGCCAUAUGUACAAGCAGAGGUCAGAAAUUGAGUUUGAAAAUUUAUGCCAAUGCUUUCCGUGAGUUAUCUAAAGAUACAAAACUUAUCAAAAGCCAAGGUCUUAUUUUACCUUGGAAGCCAAUAUACCAUAUUUUACAUCAAAUGUUGCAUCCAGUUGAAAAACCAAGCGAAUCAUUAGAUAGCCAUCUGGUUAUGAAAAUUUUAGAGCGUGCUUCAAUUUUCUUUCCAUCGGAGGAAUUACCAGAGAUUUAUUCUACCAUUGCAUCAUAUUUUUCCCCUAGACAAGCAAAAUGGGUUUCAAUUGUAUUAAGAUUGUUGCCUUUGAAGUUUGAUGAAGGUGGAAGAGAGUCUAUUAAUGACAUUAGACAUUAUAUACCUUCAAUUUUUAAUAUGUGGGUUCAAUUUGAUGACAGCUCCAAUUUCAGCGGAUUUUUAGCUACGGUAGCAGAUGCUGCAUUGAAUGAGCUUAAUGAUAAUCCCAAAUCGGUUUCAUACUUGAAAUUGGGCGAAUAUGGACUUUUCACAGAAACAGAAAUGAGAUAUAUGUUUACAUAUUUGUUGAAUGGAUUACUGAUCAAUAAAUCAAAAUAUGGUUCUCAAGUAAUUAAUCAUGUUCUGAGUGUUGUGGGUGCAAUUGUACUUUCCAUCACUUCAAAUAACUCGAACUCGAAUAAUGAAAUGAGUCCUAUUAUUAGCUUCAUCCAAUCACUUUUGAAUUCAAUUGAAACUUUUGUUCAUCCUACGAAUAGUGGUUCAUGGUCUGUUCAUAUUGCAGAAAUGAUUUCUAAUUUGGUACAUUGGGUACACAAAAGAUAUAACAGAGAAAGGGAAGUUGAUGGGAAAUGUUAUGAUAUUCCAAAUGAAUAUAAACUUGAUGAUAAAACAAUAAACCAAUUCAUUGAAAUUGUACUUCCAAUUGUUAGAAUUGGAUUACAUUCCAAACACGACCAAGCAACCCGUCUUUAUAUUCCUUGUCUUGAUUCCCUUGCUCAUAUGAAUUCUGAAUUGGUUUUAGAGAAUGUUUUAUUGGAUAUUUACGAUUCCUUAGACUCAGUCAUCUCCAAUCAUCGUAUAUUCCUUGCCUUGAGAAUUAUUUCAAUGCUAGCAAGAUACUUUGCUACCACACCAAUCUAUCGGGUACAUUUAACCAGAAUAAUGCUGAUGGUCGUCCCAGGGAUCGAUUCUAAUGAUCUAACGAAAACUGGACAUACUGUUGAUCUUCUUACAACGAUUGCAGCUUUCGUUCCGAUUUACGAUUUAACUAACGGUACCGGUGAUAUAAACGUGGCCAUGAUGUACACUGAAAUGCAUUUGGAGUCAUUAAGAACAAACUUAUAUUUGAAGGCUUCUUCUAAACCUAUUGUGAAGUUUGAAACCACUGAGGAAAGUGAAUUAGAAGCUUUGAAAAACUCUACGGUGGCAUUUCCUACUAUUAUGGAAAGGGUUUUAGAAAGAUAUUUCAUAUUGCUUCAAAAUCUUCCUGAUAUGACGCACGCAACAGAAGUUGAUGUUCAACUUGUUGAUGCAUUGCCUCGAUUAUUCUCCCUUGUUACAGAAGCAUCAUCCGAUGAAAUCUUUAGGGCAAUGAGAUCCCAGAUAUUCAAAUUUGUGUUUGAGAAUACCAUUCACAGUGUGGAUUCGUCCGUAGCAUCGUUAUGUGGGGAAGUUAUUCGAAGAGAGCCUCUGUAUUUUAAAACAAUCUGCCCUCAAUUUUUGGAUAAAAUCCGUGAAGCAUUGGCCGAUGUUUCAGGGGAUGCCCAUAAUGUACUUGAAGUUUCACCUAGGGACCAACCAUUUGUUUGGUAUAUGUCAAUUUUCAUUGAUAUGACUGCAGAAGCAAAUGGUCAUAUUCUUGAUUGCGGGAAAGAAUUGACAGAUCUUUCAUUGGAAGUAAUGCUGAACAUCAGAGGUUAUGGAACUUCCUUUUACGCAGCGCAUUUGACUGCUGGAGUUCUUAGAGCUCUUACCCAAAUUAAAAUCAAAGAAGCUAGAUUAAUUUCCCCAGCAUUUACUGCCCGGGAAAACGUUUCUGCGCUGUGUUGGGGUGGCUUUCUGCUUGAUGAGUACAGAUUUUCAAAAGAAAACUUGAGUUUCGAUUGGUUUGUGCCCGAACAGAAGCAUAUUACCUUUGCAAUUGAUUUCUUUAGUAGUCAUGUGAAAGCUGCUUUGGAGUUUUUCACCAAAACUAUUAGCUCUUACGAUGCUUCAGUAAACUCAGUCAAGAAACAGCAAAUUGUUAAUCAUAUUCGUGGCCAUUUGUUUUACUUAGGAUUUUCCAUCUCUGGAAUGUCAAGCUUAUUUGAUCCUUCAUUUGAAGAAAACAUUCCAAGCUUAACUGCACAUGAAAGCCAAACUUUGAAAAGUAGGCUUGUGCUUCUACAGGAAAUUAGAAACAUGGAAGGCCAACUGAGUUUUGAAGAUUUGCAAAUUGAAGAUUUACAAGCUAAUUUCAAACAAAUUGUAUCUAAUUUGGAAAAUGUUGAACUUGAUCAAGCAAAUAACUUAUCUCCGUCGAACUCUUAUGAUGUGAAGAUGAGCUCAACUGAGGAAAUUAGUGAUAAGUCAUCAUCAUCUACUGAAAUCUUGAAAGAAGGUAACGAGACAGCUCAUGCCUUUUCUCCUACUCCACAACUAUCUUUAGAUCUUGGUGAUCAAGAUUUGAAUUCAACAUCAUCUGUAGAUGGCUCUCGUAGUGAGACACCAUCUAAAGUUGAAGAAGAUGAAUUCAAUAUAAAUCCUGGUAUGACAUUUAGACAACGGAAACUCUACUCCAGCAAUUAUUUCUUUGGUGAUGAUUUGGAAACAAGAAGAGCCAAUCCUCAGUAUAUCCGGUUGCAUAAAAUUAGGCAUUUGAUUGGUAGAAGUUUGCAUCUUAUUAAUAAGUUUCUUACGGCAAAUUUCAUGGACAAUGAUAAGUUGAUGUGCAUUUUCCUACUUAUACUUCGAGUUUGGUUCAUCGACGUUGGUAGUAGUAGAGUCUUUCACGCAUCUGAUUCAAAAACAAAAUUUACUCAUAUGAAGUAUCUUUUGAAUUUGGAUGAUAUAAGGAAACCAUUUACAAGACUUGGCUUUGCAAGAAGAUUGGAAGCGUAUCAACAGCUUAGAGUUUCUCUCCAUGCGACUUCCAGAACUCAAACCAAGUUGGAUAGAAUUCUUUUGGAAGAUAUUUUGAAAUUGAGUACUUCCACAUAUGAUACCGUUAGUGGAAGUGCCAUCAACGCUAUUCUGGAUAUCAUGAAACGUACAAGUGGUUCUUACAGUCUUAUUGUAAGGUCAAUGUUCAAAUUCUUUUCCAAGGCAAUUGAGGAUAAAGAUAGCAAAAAGAUAAGCAGUAUUCUUCGAGUAUUUAAGAUGAAGAGAUUAAAUGUUAGGAUUCAAAAUGAUUGUUUCAAUGUUGAAAAAUUUGUGACAUUAUUACAUAAGUCCCUAAGUGUUGAUGACAUUGAAGUCGAUGAUUUGGUGGAUACUUUAUUGCGUGGAGUCGAAGAGAAUGUCACACCACCAAGUGAAGUUUGUAUUAUAGAUGAAAAUGCAGUUGAUGCUAUUAGACCUUCUGACUCCAAAAUUGAUUUAGAGAUUAAAGCUGUUACAAUAGCAAAGGAGAAGAAGAGAAAGUUGUUUGUCUCAAAGUUAAUCCAGUUUCAGGAGAAAUUGGUGUCUUUGGCAAAAUCUUAUAAGCACUGGAGGAUUUUAAACUCAUGUUUGUCUUCAGUGGCUAUGUUGCAACAAUCCAGUGAAAUUCCUUUAAAUUCUUCAGUUAUUGAGCUCUUUGCUGAAUCGUCCUUCUCUGAGUAUGCAUUUAUUUCUCUGGUAAGCUUGAAGGGAAUUAGCAAUGCAGUUUUGCGUAUACAAGUCAAGGAAAGGUACGGUAAAGACAUUAGAAAUUAUAUGGAUUUUGAUUCUUUACGUCGUGAUUUCUCCAUAGUAAACACGGAGAUGGUUGAUGGGAAACUGUACUCGGAGAAAUUUAGAGAUGAGCUCAAUAAUGAAACUCCAAACUACUUUAUCGAUGCCGAAGGAGGUAAAGGGUGGCUCUUUUGGGGUAAGUCAAUGACUGUGGGUCAUAAUGAAAGGUCUUUCCCUAGUACUAUUUCACUGGAAGAUAGAAUGACCAUGGAAGUUCUCAACAAGUUUAUUACAAAGAAGUGGUUAAUUUAUAUCAUUCAACUUGGAAUUGCUGACAACGAAAGUGCUUCGUCAUUCUUUUCUGAUGAUGUUGAUGCAAUUGGAUCGCUUAUUUUUUUGAUUUCCAACGACAUUAUAAAGUCUCUUACAUAUCAGGAGAUCCUUGAGUGCAUUGAUGAGUUGUAUGUCAAGGAUGAUAAUGCAUCCCAUAUCAAUUUGUUUCAAAUUAUUGCAGGGCUUUUACUUGCAGACUCAUUCACUAAACCGGAGUAUAUUUCAAUUCGUGAUGAUUUCCUCGUCAAGUUUUUAACCAAAGUUUUGGAGCAAGACUUAAAUCCUGGAAAUGCCAAUAUUUGGGGUUCCUUUUCUACAUGGCUUACGUUUCAAAUGGAUUGUCGGAGAAUCAAACGGGUUAUGGAUGUUUUUUUGAAAUUUAGAGUGGAUUCACAUACCAAUUAUCCUGUUAGGGAUACCAUUCGUUUGCGUUAUUUGACAGAGAUGUAUUUGUCUAAAAGUUUUUCUCAAAGCAACGAGUGUGAGGAACUAUUGCAAAUGUGCCUAGAGAAUAUCAGUGUUGACUAUUUGGACUUGAGAACUGGAAUUGGUAAUUUAAUGUGUGAUCUUGUUGUUGCUUAUCCGAGAGAUACGUAUGGCAAUGCUGAGAAGUAUAUUGAAUCGGUUAAUUCAAAUGACUUGAGUUUUUAUAAGAGUUCAGCACCCAAAGGACUUGUUGAUGUUACCAGGAAGGCAUUUGAUAAGGUAUUGGAAAUGUAUCCAUCAGUCGAACAUCUCGCUCCACAAGAGAUUGUGAAAUCUCAAUUCUUUUAUGGGGCUCAGACAUUACUUGUGUGGAUUGAAGUCGCCAUGAGGUUUACUAGAUCUCCAAUUCGUGAUCUCUUAGUCUCCCAUGUGAUGCCAUUAUUGAAUCUUUUGAUUGGAAUGAAGGAAGUAUGUCAAAUUGGUAACCUUGAUCCUUUACGUGUUGUUAUUAAGUUGAGUAAAGUUCGGUUUAGCCCUCCAGAAUUGGAAUUGAUACUUCAAAUGGUAGAAAAGUAUUUCAAUGGAACUUUGAACAGUGUUCAAACAUUAAUUCUUGGAGAAUUCACCGUUGUGCUAAUUUUUAAGAAUUUAUUCUUAUUAACUGAUGAACAAAGAAAUCGUUUCUUUGAAAUGACAAACCAACGACUUUAUCAUGAUGUACCAAUCAUCAGAGAAGCAGCAGGUGCCAUAUUGUCAGGUAUUAUUCAUAUGUCACCUCCCAAACAAGGAGCACAAUUUAUUGCUAAAUGCACAAAGGAUUAUACCAAAAAGUUGGAUACCAUUAGAAAGAAAUAUAGGAAGCAAGGCUUUAAGAAUAUUCCAUCUCAAGAAAUGAAUCAACUUCAUGGAGUGACUUUGGGAUUAGGAGCUUUGAUCAAUGCGUAUCCAUAUGUUUCACCGCCUCCACAAUGGAUGCCCAAGGUCAUGAGUAUAUUGGCAACUAAAUGUGCUGGAUUGCCUGGGAUUGUUGGUAAAUCUGCGAAGAAUACCUUUUCAACUAUUCGUAAGACCAGACAAGAUACUUGGCAUAUUGAUAGUAAGGUAUUCACACCUGAACAGAUGGAAAGCAUGGAAGGGGUUUUAUGGACCAGUUACUAUGUUUAG